GUGGCCCCGCCAGCCGGAGCUCCAUCCGAACCCCUCAUUGGAGGAGGGGCGCACGCGCGGGAAUUAUUCGUUGGAGCAUCAUGACUUCACUCGUGGAAAACACUGCUGACCUGCCUUUGACCAACGUGCCUAAUCUUGUAUGCCGUAAACGAAGCAUUUCUGAGGCCAUCUUAACUUCAAGGAUCUUGACACACACACGACCAAGGGCCAAAACUUUGCCAUUUGACCUAGGUAAAGCGGAGAAAAAGAACCGACACAUAUCGACGGCCAUCUCGAUUUCCCCACCCCCCGCUUCAACCUCUCUUGGUCUCCGACCUCAAGCCAAGGUCCAAGUAUAGGUUGUCCUACCUCAUCUUAGUCAAAGGUCAUCCACACUAUCAUAUCCCCCCUCCCUCGAUAUGGAUCCUCUCCUCGACGCCUCCAUCAGGCAACGCGCCGAGGCCCUGGACCAGGAAGAUGCGCUCAGGCACACGCGGGACGAGUUUGUCAUCCCCACGAAGCAAGACAUCACCAGCAAGACCCUUGCCAAGAAAGAUGACGGUUCUGCCACAUCAGAAGCCAGUCAGCAGAAAUGCACCUAUCUCUGCGGGAACUCCCUCGGUCUGCAGCCUAAGCGCACCGCCGAGAGAAUACAGCAGUAUCUGUCCACCUGGGCGACGCAGGGCGUACAGGGACACUUCAAGCCUUUGGAAGACUCCCCGUUGCCGACAUGGCUCGACGUCGACGCCAGGGCGGCCAAGAUGAUGGCCCCCAUUGUUGGCGCUGAGGAGUCUGAGGUCGCCGUGAUGCAGACCUUGACGGCUAAUCUCCAUCUUCUCAUGUCGGCUUUCUACAAGCCCAAGAAGGAUGGCAAACACAAGAUUAUCCUGGAGAGCAAGGCCUUUCCGAGUGACCAUUUCGUCGUGGAGACCCAAAUCAGACACCAUGAUCUCUCCCCAUCAACGUCAAUGGUCUGCAUAGAGCCCCCCUCAACCGCCGUAGAACCAACGCUCGCAACCCAGCACAUCCUCUCCGUCAUCGAAGCCCACGCCUCAGACACAGCCCUCAUCCUCCUGCCAGGCAUUCAGUACUACACCGGCCAACUCCUCGACAUCCCCACCAUCACCGCCUUCGCCCACAAGCACUCCAUCCCCAUCAUCUGGGACCUCGCCCACGCCGUCGGCAACGUGCCGCUGCAGCUCCACGACUGGGACGUCGACGCCGCGGCGUGGUGCACGUACAAGUACCUCAACGGCGGGCCGGGCUGCAUCGGCGGCGCCUUCGUCAACGCGCGGCACACGGCCGUCACCACUUCGGUCGAGGACGCCGACUCGGAAAGGGGCUACGUGAAUCGCUUCGGCGGCUGGUGGGGCAACGACAAGGGCUCACGCUUCGUGAUGGCGACAAAGUUUCACCCGGCGGCUGGCGCGGCUGGGUUCCAGCUGAGUAACCCGAGCGUGUUGGAUAUCACGUCGCUGUGCGCGUCUCUCGAGGUUUUUGAGCUCGCUGGUGGCAUGGGCCCGCUGCGUGAAAAGUCGAAGCGGUUGACGGCGUUUUUGGAGGUGUUGUUGCAGAACUGGCUCGGCUCCGAGAUGUUUAGCGUUAUUACGCCGUCGGGGAGCGAGGAGCGAGGCGCGCAGUUGAGUUUGAAGCUCGCGGAUGGGCUGUUGGAUGGUGUUAUGAAGUACUUUGAAGAAGUUGGGGUGGUCAUUGAUGAGAGGAAGCCGAACGUCAUUAGAGUCGCGCCAGCACCGUUGUAUAAUACGUUUGUGGACUGUGUGGACUUUGUUGAACACUUUGGCAAGGCUUUGCAGAGAGCUAGCAAGAGGGCGUAGACUUGGUCAGGCUUGUCAAAGAUAUCGUGGCUUCGGCUAUGAGCUCUCUUUUUCAGGAUCAGUUAAUAUCAACAGAGCACCUAGACAGACAAGACUCAGUAUACCUACCUAGGCAAUUGUUCAAAGCCUACACCUCAAUGGGUACCAGGUCAGCCACC